UUCGUGCGCUCCCUUAUUGGCGGGUUGUUUGGAUGGUUUCAGACUGUGUUUUUGUUGCUGCGUACACUUCAGGGAGGAAUAAAUACACUCAGAAACUGGCCUCCAAAAAGCGCACCCAACCCUUAUACUGGUUUCUGCUUGAGGAAUAAUGGACGAGUCUGGGAAACGUUUGCUGCGGCGGCUCAUAAGACGGAUCCCUAGUCAGUUGCUACAAACAACCCUGGAGAAGUGGGGCCGACUGACGGAGGAUCAGCAGCAGUCCUUAGACUGUACUCAAUCCAAAUGGACCUUAACGGAGAAAAUGUUAACUAUGUGCGAGGAAAAUGAUUGGACACUUAAACGCAUCACGGAGCUCGAAAUGAUAUAUAUUAUGGACAAUCCCAACCAGGGAAUGUGGCAUGCCUACCAGCUCAUUGACCCUCAAGAUGAUGCUCACUGCGUAGAGGUCACACAAUUCAAUGAACAAUUUAAAUCUCAUCUCAGGGAGCUUUUAGGACAUGUGUCUAUAAAAAUAAAGAAGCACACUGAUGAAGCUGUAUGGAUUCGGAUUGCAUGGGGAGACAGCUACUCUCGGCCCAACCACAUGAAACCAACAUAUGUUGUUCACUAUCUUCAGACUCCGUAUGUCUAUGUGACCAGCCUGACUUCAAAGCAGAAGCCCCUGUUAUCCCAGGCCUUGGUUCUGUCCACCAGAUAUCAAGCUAUCAAGGAUGCUUAUCUCAGUGGACGGAAACUCACUGCCAUCAGGGACCUGCUGAUGAGACAGUACCAACAGGUGUUCCCCACAAAGUAUCCCAGCACUCUUGCAGAGGAGAAUCAAAUCUCAAACCCACACAUAAAUAAAGAACAAGAUGGAAAUGCAGCAAACAGACUUCAGCUGGCCUGUGAGGCCUUUGGUAACGGGACGUUACCUCAGCUACAGUCUGCAGUAUACAAGCUUGAGACAAAAUUCAGAGACCAGACCAACAAGACCAUGACAGAGCGAGAGGAGCCCUUCAGAUGUGUUGUCAAAUUUGAAAGCACCAGCCUCCUGGAGUCACUCAAAGACUGUGCAUCUUCAGGAUUUGCCUCCACCCCUGUUACACCUCUGCUCUCAUCUAUUUCCCUUAAAGGAAAGAAUUAUUUUGUCAUUACAGACAAUGACCCUGGUGCCUCCUCACAGUCAAGACGGCCCCAAAACUAAUGUGUGACAAACCUCGACUUAAUGGACUAACAAAACAACAGACUCAUUGGGGACAGAUCAUUGACCUGUAAUUCCAGCCAGGAGUAAAAGUUAAAAAAAUGCAAUGGCACUGAUAGUAGUGAUGUUUUUCACCAUUUUUAUGUUCAGUACAAUUUGUAAUACAAGACCUAAGUUCUUUCCAUUACUCAGUACCCCUUCAAUGCCAUAUAAUACAGAAAUGAACAGAACAGUUUAUGAAGACACUGAUUGUACAGUAUAUAAUAAUUAUCUUUCAGUUUGUUCCUUUG